AUGAAUGGUGAUGUUGAGUUUAAUAAUUAUGAUGAUAACUAUCAAGAUUUUACCAAUCUAACUGAUGAUGAAUAUUUUGAACAGAUUGUUAAACUACUAAUGCCAAGUAAAUUAGAAUAUUUUUUUGGUUUUGUUUUUAUUCUUCAAAUGAUUAUUGGUGUUGUUGGUAAUUGUAUGGUUGUUUAUGUAGUUGCUAAAAAUAAAAAUAUGUGGACAUCAAUGAAUUUAUUUUUAACAAAUUUGGCAUUAUCUGAUAUGUUAGUAUUAAUUUUUUGCCUUCCACCAACAGUUAUUAAUGAUCUAACAAAAACAUUUUGGUUCUCCUCAACAUUAUGUAAAACUAUUGAAAGAUGGAAAGCUAUCUCAUCACCAUUAUCACUUCCUUUAUGGAAAACUAAUCGGGUUAUUAUUAUUAUAUGGGGUAUUGCUUUUACUUUAUCUACUCCAGAACCAUAUACCUUAAGAUUAGAACCAUUUGAUUUAAAUAGGUAUAAAGAAAAUUUUACUUGGGGAACAAAAUGUACAGAAAGUUGGAGUCCAGAAUUUCAAAAAAUUUAUCAAAUAUCUCAAACAUUAUUUUGUUUUUUAAUACCAUUAAUUAUAAUAUCUGGUCUUUGUAUUCAUAUGAUACUUAUAUUACAAAAAAAAUCACUCCAAUUGGGGGAACGUCAAAUAGCAAGUAGAAAAAGAGCCACACACAUGCUAAUUUCACCUUCAUAA